AUGACGCUGAAGUCCUGUAGGAGGCCGGCAUGUUCCUCUCUGGAGGUUCUGCUGAGCACCGUGACCGUGGUGCUGUUUGCGGUGUGUGUGGGGCUCGUCGUGGUGUCCUGGUUAGUGCUCCAUCCAGGAAAUGAAGGACAAACAGGAAGCAGCAGUUCGUGGUUCGGUGGAACGCUGACCAUCUCAGAGGGAGCGAGUUUCACUGAGGAGCUGAGGAACAGGAGCAGUGUGCACUUUAAAGUCCUGGCCUUUGAUACAGAACUACUGAUUUCAGAAGCCUAUGCACUAAGCUCGUUAAAAGCUCAGUUCAGGAGCUGCAGAGUGAACGACUUCAGUCCAGGCAGUGUGAUAGUACACUUCACCUUGAAGUUCGAGGACGUUGGGGAAGUGACAGCGGUGCAGCAGCAGUUAAUCUCCGGAUUACAGAAUAUUACAGAUUCACCACUCGUCAUAAACAGCAGCAGUGUUCACAUCACAGAGAUUUCCACCACACAGUCUCCUCCUACAACUGCACCUGAAGCAGUAAAAUGUCCUGAUGGAGAGAGAUUGUGUAGAGACGAUGUGACAUGUGUUCCUAUAAACCAGUUCUGUGACGGAGAACCAAACUGCCCUGAUGCCUCAGACGAGUCUCACAGCACCUGCGCGACGGUGUGUGAUGGACAGUUCCUCCUGUUGGGGCUGAGUGGAUUUUUCCACAGUCCGAAUUUCCCCCUGGAUUAUGACAGUGGUACAGUCUGUCGAUGGAUCAUACGGGUUAAUGAAGGGCUGAACAUUCGCAUCGACCUGAACACGUUUGAUACGGAAGAGGAAAUCGAUCUUCUCAAUUUGUAUGAGGGAAUCGGAGAUGCUAAAUCACUAGCAUACUCGCUCUCAGGUUCGUCUCCUGGAGUUGUGUGGAUUUUUUCCCACAAUGCCACAGUGGAGUUCUCAUCCAAUUUCAUCAACAACCGGCAAGGCUUUAACGCCACGUACCGAGCGGAGAACCUCACAAACCUCAGCAACGAGAUGAAGAUUAACUGCUCGUUUGAGGACGGAUUCUGUUUCUGGAGACACGACGCUGGUGAUGAUGGAGACUGGAUGAGGAAGAAGGGAUCUUCUCUUCCUGCUCUGACCGGCCCAAGCUUCGACCACACCUUUGCUAACCAGUCCGGCUACUACAUCAUAACUCCGUUUAGUCCGAGGAACUGGGAGAAGAUUUUCCGUCUCCGCAGCCUCCCACUGACCUCCACGCCCGAGCCCGUGUGCCUGAGGUUCUGGUAUCACAUGUUCGGCGAGGACGUCUGGCGUCUGAUGGUAAACAUGGAGAGAGACUCGAACCUCACGGUCCUUGUCCAGAAAGAGGGAAACCACGGAAACAACUGGAACUACGGUCAAAUAACCCUGAACCACACCACAGAUCUAACGAUCGUAUUUGAAGCACGUAAGAGAGGAGGCUUGAGGAGCAGUAUUGCGCUGGAUGACCUCAGCAUGACCUCAGGGCCAUGUGGACCUUUAGCCCCAGAUCUGACUCCAGUCCCGCUCACGCCCACACCUACUCCAGUGCCGGCUGAUUGUGGAGGUCCAUUUGACCUUUAUGAAACAAACUCGACCUUCAGCUCACCGAACUAUCCUCAUGGCUACAGACACAGUGCAGCAUGUGUGUGGAUCUUACACGCUAAACCAGGGCAAAAUAUCCAGCUGCAUUUCCGAGACUUCUCUUUAGAGACAGGAUACGACGUGCUGGAGAUUCGUGAUGGAGUCGAGCCUCACUCCACUUUACUGAGUGUGUUAACGGGUGAGCGUGAGUUUCCUGACCUCUUCUCCAGCAGCUCAGAGAUGACCCUGAUGUUUUUCUCGGAUUCUUCUGGAAGCAAUCGUGGAUUUCUGGCUAACUUCAGCACGGGCUUCGGCCUCGGUCAGCCAGAGGCGUGUCGGGACGGUGAGUACCGCUGCAGGUCCGGUGUGUGUGUGUCGGGGGACAGUGUGUGUGAUGGUGUCAAGAACUGCCCCGACGCUUCAGACGAGACACACUGUGUGAGUGUAGCAUCUCCUCAGGUUCCUGGAGCUCCUCGUCUGAAGAUUGAGGUUGAGAGGCUCCUCUACACGGCCUGCUCCUCCCUCUGGAGCUCUCACUGCUCUCUCUACUUCUGCAGAUACUUAGGCUACAGAUCAGGAAAGGCUUCCUUCAUGUCGGCUGUGGGUGAAGACGCUCCGUUUGUUAUCGUGACUCAGACUGCUGACGGCUCGGUGUUGGUUAAACCCAGUGAUAAAUGUCCUGGUGAGAAGGUGGUCUCUCUCCACUGUGAUAACCAGUCGUGUGGAAGACGGAAGGUGAUAAUGAGGAGAGAGAGGAGAGGGAGGAUGGAGGAGGAGGAGGAGUCCAGUGAAGGUGUGGCUGGGAGGAUUGUGGGAGGAGAGGACGCGGUGAAAGGGGCGUGGCCGUGGAUCGCCUCGUUGCGCUGGACAGGGCGAAGCGUCUGUGGAGCCACGUUAAUCGACUCGCAGUGGCUGGUUACGGCUGCACACUGCGUUUACGGGAAGAACAUUCACCUGUCCAACUGGAACAUGGUCCUGGGUCUUCACGCUCAGUACGAGUCCAACACCUCAGACAGACAGUAUCAUCAAAUCCGGCAGAUUAUCAUGAACCAGAACUACAACAAAAGAACUAAAGACUCAGAUAUCGCUCUCGUACUCCUCCAGAACAAAGUCAACUUCACAGACUACAUCCAGCCCAUCUGCUUCCCCGAGUCUGAGCAGCAGUUUGCAGCAGGAAGGAAGUGUGUGGUCGCAGGCUGGGGGAGACUAACUGAGGGAGGUGCUGUAGCAGAUGUAUUACAGCAGGCUGUGGUUCCUCUGAUUAAUAACAGUGUGUGUCAGGAGAGACUUCCGGAAUACAACAUCACUGAGCGGAUGGUGUGUGCAGGAUACCCUGAGGGCGGAAUCGACACCUGCCAGGGCGACUCUGGAGGGCCGCUGAUGUGUGAGGAGGAGGGCGGGUCCUGGGUUCUGGUGGGCGUGACGUCGUUCGGGGUGGGCUGUGCUCGACCCAGACGUCCCGGAGUUUACGCACUGCUCACACACUUCACAGACUGGAUCCUGGAGACCCGACGCCUGUCCUCACACUGGGACGGAGCGAGAUAAGGACGCAGUGGGCGGGGCCGUGUAAAUAUAUCACUGAGAUCUGAAUCACAUGGUGUUAUUGUUCAGCUGCGUUCCUGAUAUUCACACAGAUCUCAGGUGUGUACAGGAACUCAGGUCAUUAAAGAACAACACAUAAAAAAGACAGAAGCUUUUCUGGUCAGCUGAUUGCUCGUUAAUCAGUCCGGUUCGUAAUCAA